UUGGUCUGAUUCAUCAUCCCUAACCUCAAGACUCAGAUUCAACUGACGAAUCCUUCCAAUCAUCCCAACGAUUCUCGAGAAAUUCGACGGAUCAUUACCCCUGACGAAGCACUUCUCAAGGAUUUUAACAUGAAUUUUCUCAAUAACCCUCCCAACGCUUCUCCAGAAAACAACCGAGGGCUCACCACCGCCGAGGAAGAAGCUUUCAGGGCACUUCUAAAGGCAGCGGAAGACGUUGAGCGUCGGAAAAUAUCACUCGGGUUGCAGAAUCAAGACGUGGAGAUGGAGGAGAAGGAGGAGGAGAAGGAGGAGGAGAAGGAGGAGACAGAGAGCACCGAUUCGGAUUGGGAUAGAUGGUGGGCUGAAGAGAAAGAGAGACGACAAAGAAGAUAUGAUUACAAUACCGCGAGAAAGUAUGCUCUUAGUUUGCAUUCUGAUCAUCAUCUCAAGACUGUUGAGAAGAAGGAGGAAGAUGAUGGUGAAGGAGUUAAGGGAGAUGAAGAGAGAAGCGAGUUUCAGAAAGCUAAGGAAGUGAUCAAGAGGAGAAGAGAAAAGAUCUCUACAAGAAUUACAAGUGAUGAUAUGGAGGUGGAUCUGGUUUUGAUGCAGAGGAAGGCUCCUCCUACGCUUACGGAGUUGAGUGUGAGAGUUCUUGCUCAGAACUCUGAAGCGAUCAAGUCUUUGAAACUUGUUCCUGAUCAUCUUAGGACGAAGCUCUCCGAUCGUGUUAGUGGUUUUGGCAAAGUAGACACACGUUUUAUGCAGCUUUUGAUUGAGGAUUCUCCCUCUGAGGUCUGUGCGAGGAACUGUGUUGCUUUACUGGAGGAUGACUUGAUUAAGAUCUUCUCUGAUUGUGAUAAAGUUAGCUUGAAGGUGUUGAUUCUUGAUUAUUGCGGGAGAGCUAUGACGGAUUACACGAUAAACGAGUUCUUGAAACGUUCACCUAAUGGGUUUCCGUCGUUGACUAAGCUUUCUCUUCACGGAUCAUUCUGUUUGACAGACAAUGCAUUGGCCUUGAUUUCCAAGUCAGCUCCUCUGCUUCAGUUUAUUAACCUCUCUGACUGCUCUCUUCUCACUUACCGCGCUCUGAAGACUCUUGCUGAUAACUUUGGAUCCACCCUUAAAGGGCUUGGUAUUGAUGGAUGCCAAGGGAUUAAACGUUGUAAAGCCUUCACUAACAGCCUGUAUAAGUUUCAGAAAUUGAACUAUCUCUCGCUUGCAGGACUCCAGAGCGUUAAUGAUGCUGUUGUUAAAACCUUCUUUAUGUUCAGUAGCUCCAAUCUCACUGUUCUGUCUCUCGCUAAUUGCCAAGAGGUGACUGAUGAUUGCAUUUGGCAUAUUGGGAGAUAUUGUAAGAAGUUAGAAGCUCUUGACAUCUCAGACUCGGAGAAUUUGACUGAUAAGGCAUUAGAGUUUAUUACUGAGGGCUGCAGAUCUUUGAACGCAGUCGUACUUUCAAGAAACAGAUUUAGUGACGAAGGUGUUGCCGCGUUUCUUGAAGUCUCGGGAGGUUCUCUUAACCAACUGUGCCUAAACAAAGUCAAACAUGUCGGUCCAGAUACAGCCUUCUCUCUUGCCAAAGUUUGUAAGAGGUUGCAGUAUUUGGACCUCUCGUGGUGUCGAAAACUUACAGAAGAGGACCUAAGAAGGAUUUUGAGUUGCUGCUCGUCACUUAAAUCACUCAGGCUAUUUGGAUGGACACAGGUGGAGGAUUCAUCUCUCGAAGAACUUUCAAGAUCACAUAUUCAUAUCACCGGGUUGAAAAUGACUUCACUUUAUGCUCACAUUGACGACUCUUAUCCAAAUGUUGGUGCCAAGUUCUUCUGAUCCGUGGACAAGUUUUGGGGAUGUAUGUAUAGCUCUGAGUUGAUGAACCAUUUCAUUGUUAUAGACCAGAUUCUGUUGUAGAGGUUCAUAAUUAUAAAAAAGGGUAGUGAUAUAUAAACAGUGUUAUUCUUUUUCUUUGGGCUCAGCUUUUAUGUAUAAAGAUUGAACUAAUAGAAAAGAAAAGUAUUUAAGCAUAUGAUCCCAUGGAA